AUGUGUCAAGUGACCGUGAUGGCGGGCAGCUUCCCGUCGUUUAUCGACGAUUUGGCCAUUGAAUCGGCUUCGUUGACGACUUGCCCUGCAUCAACAAUCUGCAAUGCACCGCUGGGACAGCAAGUAGCUGGCAACCGUGGCGAGCGGUAUCAAUCGCGGCCAAGUGGUGUCUUUUUCCAUAGUCAAGCGUUCCGACUACGCACACAGGCCAAUGUUUUAGAGCUCGUUCGAACCGCUGGAACCUCGAUUGACGUUUGCAGCACAAACGCACUGCUUGCCAGGAGGGCACUCAAGUACCGUCGCGUGCUGGAGCGCCAGUCAGUUUAUAGCGCCACUGCAAUAUCGUGCUAA